CAUACAAACAUGCCAAGUCUCCUGUCUGUGAAGCCUGGUGAAAUCGUCUUCCCCAACACUUUGUAUCAAUCGGUCAACACGACCUUGUCCCUGACUAAUGUUGACGGGGACAAGAAGGCGGUGGCUUUCAAAAUCAAGACGACUGCUCCUCGCAAUUAUCUAGUUCGACCCUCUUCUGGUGUUGUUGCUGCCGAUGCUACUGUAGAUGUGCAGAUCAUUUUGCAGCCGCAAACCUCGGAUCCAAGUCUCAACACAGAUAGAUUCCUCAUUCAAGCCACCACCAGUGCCACAGGUCAGCCUCUUGAGCGUGAUGAGUGGGCUCGCGUUGCCAAGGCGGAUAUUCACGAGCAACGUCUCCAUGUUAUCUUCAAGCCAGCUGAGGAGGGCUCUCAGGUUAAGGAUGGUGCUGUUGCUGCUGUUCCCUCUGCUGCUCCUACGAGCUCAGCCAAUAUCGCAGCUGGAGAGCUGAGAGGAAAGUACGAUGAACUGGUUCAGUAUACACUGUCAAUUGAAAAGGAGAAGUCCAAGUUGGAGAAAGAGCUUGAGGCUAAUAAGGCUCGUAGUGCGGUAGUGGCUGGCUCUUCUUCGGGAUUCACGACUAUGCAGCUGCUCAUUUCUAUGGUUAUCGCGGUCAUCAUUUCUCGUUUAGCAGCACUCUAUGGGUACUAAAUGACAGUAUGUGCGGUGGCUCAUAAGAAGGGAUUCAACUCAUCAUAAGCAUCUGUAUAUGGCAAGUACUUCGAGUGUCGUUCUACUCUUGCAUCUGCUCUUGUUAUAAGAAUAUCACCAUUCUCGAAGGGUUUUCUUAGCGAAUUCAUCGUACAAGACGGCCGAGGCAUAACUGGUACCGUCUCUUGUCUAACUUCUCUGCGAUUAUGGAUACU